AGACUCAAGUGUUAGCAGUUCUCACACUCGUAUGAGCUAUGGCGUCAAGACCAGAGUUCGUAGCGCCGCCAGAGAUAUUCUACGACGACUCUGAAGCGCGCAAGUACACUUCUUCUUCCCGUAUCAUUCAAAUUCAAGCGAGUCUCUCAGAGAGAGCAUUGGAGCUUCUCGCUUUACCCGACGAUGGCGUUCCCAAAUUGCUCGUUGACAUUGGUUGUGGAUCGGGACUCAGCGGUGAAACGCUCUCUGAGAAUGGUCACCAUUGGAUUGGUCUUGACAUUUCUCCUUCCAUGCUCAAUGUUGCUCUGGAGCGAGAGGUUGAAGGUGACCUUUUAGUUGGUGACAUGGGUCAGGGUUUAGGGCUUCGUCCUGGAGUUAUUGAUGGAGCCAUCAGUAUAUCUGCUGUUCAGUGGUUAUGCAAUGCUGAUAAAUCCUCUCACAAUCCUCGAUUAAGAUUAAAGGCUUUUUUCACAUCUUUAUACAGAUGCUUAACAAAUGGAGCUAGAGCAGUAUUUCAAGUGUAUCCUGAAAAUCUAGACCAGCGUGAGUUGAUUUUGAGUGCUGCAAUGCAUGCUGGAUUUGCUGGUGGUAUAGUGGUGGAUUUUCCACACAGUUCUAAGAGGAGAAAAGAGUUUCUUGUUCUCACAUGUGGUCAACGAUCAAUGAAUACAUCCUUGUCCAUGGGUAAAGAUGGAGAUGAGGAGAGUUGCUCUGAUGAUGACAAUGAUGAAGAUGAAGAAAAUCAAACUGUGUGUGUCUCCGACAGGCAUAGACCCCGAAAGAAACAGAAAAAUAAUAAGAGGGGCAAGGGGAAGGAAUGGAUUAUGAGGAAGAAGGAUCAGAUGAGAAGAAGAGGAAAUGUUGUUCCUCGAGAUACCAAGUACACGGGUCGGAAACGAAAGGAUCGCUUUUGAUCUUGUUUGGAUUUUGUCUGUGAUAUUUAUUAUUUGUUAAUGGGCAUUGCGGAUUACAACUUUCUCCUGAUCCUGAAGGAUACUCUUACAUGUUUGUUCCUGCAAUGAAAUAUGGAACCUUAGGGAUAUUUUUGUGUACUAAUUAUACAAUAUGUUGGUAGAGCAACUUUUGAGUGAUGAGUAAUUAUAGUUGUGUCUGUUUCACAUUUUUACCAAUAUCGAAUCUUAUUGUAAUUUUUCACA